AUGCCGGAGCUCCACCCGCAGCUCCUGGAUUCGCUGGCCGCGAGCCUGGAUCCAGCGAGCGGCGUGGCGCUGGUCUGCUUCGCCCUGCACGGCCAGGUUCCGGACGAGGCCGUCUUCGGGUUCUUUUCCGCCGCGGAGCGCCGCGGUUUUGUGGUGGAGGAGCUCGGGGAGCGGCAGUGGCCUCCGCGCUGCACCAACAUGCCGAGCAAGCGCAGCUACGUGUACGCCAGAGCCCUGCGGCCCGCGCCGCCCGCGUCUGGGCAAGACCGCUCGAGCUCGCAUGUUACAAGGCCACGGCGCCUCCAUCCCCCUCCGGUGGGUCCCGGGGUUCGCGGAGGCCCCAGGCGCCCUCUGGCGGCCUCCGAAGGCCCAGUGGAGGCAAAGACGUCUCGA